AUGGUCGAACAGUUAUACCCAACAACCCAACUAGACGUGGAAGAGCAGGACAGAUGUGGCAUAUAUUUCAAUGAUGACUACAAUUAUUUUCAGCAUUUGAAAGAGGUGAACGAGGUAACAGAAAAUGGAGUGGAACAGUCGAUUAUUAGGAUAUCUUCAGGGGAAAAAAAUCUUUUAACAAACGUAUUCGAAGCAAAUGGCUAUGAAAUCAAUGCUGAAUUGCUGAGGAUGGGGACGUUACCGGGCGAAAUGCACAUCGAUCCAUAUGUAAUUGCGGAAUUGACAGGUGAUGAUACCGAAUUUGAAAACCCAGCUAAUGACUUAGAUGAUGACUUUGUCUUGCAAGCCAGUGGUGGUGAAUUACCGACGUUACGACCACCGGUAUCGUUUUUGUUGAGGAAGAACGAAUUUCGUGAGAAAGCUGCUAGUAAUGACGACAAUAGUGACGAAGAAAUGGAAUUUGAUUCGAACUGUGAUGAUGAUCCAAUGGAGGAGGAUGUUUUCGUCCCUAUAGAAAAUAAGGAAAAACCACGACCGAUUGAUGAGCAAUUCGACAAAUUAUGUGAAAAAUAUAAUGGAACAGACGAUGAAGAAACUAAUGAGGAAGAAGGGUUUCUUUUGGAUCCAAACUCUGAUCGAAUGAAAAUGCUUGCGAAAGAUUUCAAAAACAAAAGAGUGGAACUUGUUCUGCAAAAGGAUUUAUUGGUUCAGUGUUAUCCCAAAAUAAAUGAUGAAAUAGUGGAGGAUGAUGAACAGAUAGAGAAGAUUACGAUAGUUCGUCCUGAAAGAAGAAAAACGAAAUGGGACUGCGAAACGGUUAUCUCCGCUUAUUCCAAUAUUUAUAAUCGGCCUGCAGUCAUCGUUGAUUCUUCACGUAAACAAAAACUGAAAUCGGUUCUAAGGCAAAUCGAAAAAAUGGACUGUUCAGUUCAGUCAACAACUAACUCAGCGAUUUCGAAAGUAUUUUCAACAAUGAUAAGAAAACGUGAGGAAACAGCAGAAGAACGAAAAGCAAGGAAAGCAGCUAUCAAAGUGAUUCGAGCUGAGCGAAGAGCUGAAAAGAAAUGCAAUAAAUUAACAUUCAAGGAAGAGCGGAAGAAAGCGGCUUCAUGCUGCCGUGGCUCGGUUAUUAAAAUGUUGCCGAUUGUGUAAACGUUUGUGUGAUAGUUGUUGAAUUCGUAAAUGUUUAAUGCUUUUUUGAGAUGAUGUUUUUUUGGUGGCUUUUGUUUUGUCCCUUAUGUAAUAAGAUUUCGGCUUUCUAAGAACUAACUAUUCUGCGUUUUAAGUAAAGUGCAAAUUUGAUAUGGUCGCAUAGGAAAACUAGGGUUUGUCAAAGUUUGGAAAAUUUCAACUCAACUAGAAUACAUUUGUUUGUUGUGGACAGUGGUUUUUGGUCUUUAAUCUUAUAUUUAAC